AUACUCGUCGACCUUUUAUACAGAUUUAUUCAACAUAAAAGGAAAUGAUGAUGACUACACAGCCGGGAAGGGAACAUGCUAUUUACCCAUAUGACCCAGAGUCGCUGCAAGUAGUCAACUCUAUCCCUGCAAAGUACAAGAGCAGUCAGAAGCUAUUGGCGGAACUCAAUUUGACCGUUGCUAAACUGUCGAAAAAUACUGAAUCUCUUCGUAGCGAGCUUCAUGGCAACGUUUCCUACGAGCAAUUUAUGACAGAUAUGCUUUACCACGAUGAGGUCAAACUGGCUAAUGGACAGUUUCUUCCGUAUUCCUUUGUAACAUUCGAAUUGCUGAAGAAUCCUGAUAGUCCAGAGUUGCCGGUAAAAAAGAAAAUGACACAAGGGAGAGCUUUCCUGACUAACCGUAGGCUGAUUGUGCUGAGCAAUGAUGAAGGGACAUGCAGCGCUACAGUUUCUGGAAUUCCUUUAUCCGAUGUAAAACCGAGUAAAUACUCAGUAAAAUGCGAGGCUGGUGACGCUUUCCAUUACCAGUAUCUCCCACUGAGCAGCAUUCGAGCUGUUGAAUUUGAUGCUAUUGUUGGUGCUUCAAUGUCUACAUACAUUAACAGCCAGGAAGCAUGUUGCCUUUUAAAGAUUCUCAGUUGCUGCGGGAAAGCGAUGUGUCUGCGAAGUUGGUAUGAGGUGGGCCGUGUUUCAAAUCCAUCUUUGAACCAACGCACUCUUAAAUUGAGUGUGGACCUACCACCGUGGGGAAAUCCUUGCAUUGUGUCAAUAUAUAUACAGCCCCAUGUCACUCUUCAUCUUGUUAAAGAAUUUCUCCGCGACUUACAGUUGUAUUCGCCGGCAAUGAAGAUUAAAACUUGUGAGAAAGAGGUCUAGACAAGAGCGAGUCGAAUAUACAUUAGUUUAAUUUCCGCUUUUCUUAUAUAAAUUUCAAUGUGUAAUUGAUGUUAAAUUUAUAGUGUAGCAUUGGUAUUAAUUUAUUUUAAUAAUAAAACAUCAGACAUUUUCUUAUCUAAAUUUAAA